CGUUUCCCUCGUGCAGCGACUCGGACUCGCGCAACGUGCAGCACAGCUAGUGCCAGCGCAGUCACGCAGUGCACUACCGUAGCUAGCGCACGUUCGUCGCCGUGGGGCUUCGUAAUGACCCUCGGUGCUUGGCUGCCAGCUCCAAAAGAGACACGUUGCGAAGCAUAGAAAGGAGACGCAAUAUUGUACAUCGAUUUUGUUCAUAGAGCCAGAGUACCUUAUGCGUUCCCAUCGCAGGAUGGCACAGCCAGGCGGUGGACGUGCUCAAGGAACGAUGGUGGUGCAAAGUAUCAUGUCGCUCGCCUGCCUUUGUUUGUGCACUAGUUUGAGCAAUGCGACGUAUGUGGCCAUUAACUCCGGGGGCCCAGCGUAUCAGCAGAACACUAGCGCUACGUUUGGAGUUGCCCCACCUCCCCUGGCCAAUAGCACCCUGCCUGGCAGCCUGGUGUUCCAGGCGGACCACUUCUUCACGGGGGUGAACACACAGGUGAACAACUACAGUGCGCAGGCGGUGGCCAAUACCUCAGACCCUACGGUGUUUUGGUCUGACAGGGAGGGCACCGUGGUGUUGUACGCUGUGAACGUGCCUGCCGGCAUCUACAGCGUGUCCCUCUACUUUGCGGAGCUGGACCCAGCAUUCCAGGGGAGCGGCCUGCGCACCUUUGAUGUUCUGCUGCAGGGACAGCUGGCACUUCCCUGCUUUGACAUCUUCAACGUCAGCGGUGGGCCCCGCGCGGCGUAUGUGGCCACGCUGGCGGCCAUAGUGGACACGACGCAGCUGCUCACUGUGGAGCUGCGGGCCAUUACGGGCCUGGCAAAGCUGAAUGCUCUGCUGGUCAACAACGGGAGUGCCGCGGCCAACCUGCGGGGAGUGGACGCCCUGCCUGCGCAUCCCAGGUCCUUCGCCAUCAAUGCGGGCGGGGGUGCGGUUGGCAAUGAGACGGGGCCCGGGCUGUUUUUGGCAGACGCGUACUAUGUGGGGGGCCAAGCGGUGAACGUGAGCGGGGUGGAAGGAGCGGGGGCUGUGGCCACAGUCUUUGGAACUGCUAGAGCAGGCCCCUUCUUCCAAUACUUCCUCAACCUGCCCGCUGGCGACUAUGCUGUGAGCCUGUACUUUGCGGACACCAACUCGACCGCAGCCGGCCAGCGCCUCACGGACGUCUUCUUCGACAGCGUCAAAGUCGUCACUGCUCUCGACGUCUACAACACCAGCGGCAGCAACGCGCUCGUCCUGACAAAGGCUGCCACUGUCGUGUCGGGGCUGCUUACCGUGUCUUUUGUGGGCCUCAACAACACGGCUGCCGCCGUGGCCGCCAUCAAGGUCGCACCAAUCAACGUCAACGCAACAAUACCCGCCCUCGCCAUUGACAUCGGGUCACCUGUCGCCACGCUGUCCGAGACGGGCGUCCUGUAUCAGCCCGACAACAGCUCGUACUACAGCCCCGGGGCCGGCGGCAACGUGACGACUGCUGCUCCCGGUGUCAACAUCACGCUGGGCGGGCUGCCGGUCAACGGCUCCUUUUACUCGCCGGCGCUAUUCCGGACCGCGCGCGUGGGCGCCCUCAACCUCACCAUCCCGCUGCCCAACGGAGACUAUCUGGUCGACCUCGAGUUUGCUGACGUCACUGGCACGUCAGCGGUGCCGCGGGUGUUCAGCGUGGUCGUCAACGGCCAGGUGGCGUUGCCCAGCCUGGCCCUGGGCGGGACCGCAACGUCUAACAGCACUGCGGCGGCAGUCGUGGAGGAUUCGUUCACAGGCAACGGAACAAGUGCAGGAACGGUGGUCAAGGUCCAGGUCCCCGCCAACGUCACGCUCGGCAACCUGAGCCUGGCGCUGCUCCCCGUCAGCGGCGGCCCGCCCCUGCUCAGCGCGCUCUACGUGCACCCCGACAUCCCCAACCGCGCCUACGUCACCCCGCUGCCGCUCCUGCCCGCCGCCGCGCCCAGCCCCGCCAACCUUACCCCCACCCCAACCCCCACUCCGACACCGACGCCCACUCCGACACCGACGCCCACUCCCACUCCCACUCCCACACCCACCCCCACGCCGACGCCCACAAAGAGCAACAGCGUGGUGUGUCGGGGCUCUGGUCGGCCUUUCCAACCGGCGCCCUCGAGGCGUCUCUGCAGAGGUACUGACGGGCCUCUUGCUCAGUGUCAAGGGCUCGUGCACCGUUCCAGGGCGGCAGCCUUACGAUCGGCGUUCUCUGAACCCUUCGGUCCCCCCCAAACAGCGCCUGCCCCCGCGCCCGCCACCCCGACCCCGACUCCGACCAGCACUCCCCCAGCACCAGCUCCGUCACCCGCUCCUUCGUCCGCGCCUGCUCCCUCGCCCGCCCCCGCUUCGACCUCCCCUCCGCCGGCAGCCGCCAGUGGCCCCACCACCAAUGCUGCCGGGGUCUGUGCCAGCAACGGGGGCCUCCAAGGAAUCGACUGCUCCGGUGGCUGCUCCACAUACAGUGCGUCCAACUCGGUGGCGGUCAACUGCGGCGGCAACAGCUACCAGUCGACGUGCGGCGUGCAGUUUCUGGCGGACGAGACGGCGUGCGACCCGGGUGACGUCAUCCCGGCCGGGUCGCCCUACUGCCGCACCAACAUCAAGGGGCCCGAGUUCGGCUACUUCUACCCCACCGACCGCACCGUCGCCGGCACCGCCGACUCCACCAUCUUCCAGAGCGAGCGCAUCGGUUUCAACACGUACAAGUUCCGCGUGGACAACGGGGUGUACUCGGUGGCGGUGUACCUCGCGGAGAUCUCGAGCGACGACCCGUCCAUCAACGUCAACGCGGAGGGCCUGCGCCGCUUCACGCUCAUCUUCAACGACGAACCCAACUCGCCGCUCCAGAACCUGGACCCCUUCAAACUGGCUGGGGAUCGAAAGUUCGUAGCAUGCCCUGUGCAAACGGCGCAAAUCACUGUAACCAGCGGAGUACUGAAGAUGCAACUCUUCCCCACCGGAAUACGAGAUGCACCAGCUAUCAAGGGUGUUUGGGUCCACAAGAUCGGGUAGUACUACCGGGGUGUUUGAGGUCUUGUACCAUUUGAGCUUUGAGUCUAAUUUAUUCAGUGACUAAAUGAUGGGCGUAUGAAGAAGUGAGCUUUUGACCAGUUGCAAACGAAGUUGAUUGAGUAUAUUUCAGUAAUCUUAUGAGGGAGUUCGUAAUGAGACGGCUUCCGUCACUGUAGCAAUGUUUCGUUGAGUUAGCUAGCCUGAGAUCCGGUGUGUGUGCUUUAGUAGUGCGCUUGUGUGUCCCUACUUUGAUGGGAGUAAGUUAGACGACAGCUUUCCAUAUAGAAGAAGCCUGUGCAGCGUUUGCUUGUGAGAAACUCUUAAAUAACUGCCUGCCCUCAAUGUCGCAUGUCAAGAUACAAACACACACCGUUUGUAACGCAGAUUUUGCAUCGUAAUGCAGAUUACGCAAGAGUCAAUGUAACUUGGCCUGAAAACACUGUGAUUGGACAGCUUGAGUAAGCUGGUAGGUGUCGAAUCAAUCACUGACUGAAUCGACUUGCA